CUGCCCUCUGCUCUGCUUCAGGUGUUUCUACAUCGUCUCAACCAGUACGCAGCCACCAAGCUCGACAAGAACAUCACGGAGGAAACAGUGAAGGUGAGGGUGGCGGUGCGCGAGGUUUUGUUCUCAAACAUUGAGGAGAUACUUGCUGUCCACAAAGACUUCCUGUCCAUGGUGGAGGAGCUGCUGCAGCCGGACCCUCACGCUCACCAUGAAGUCGGGCGCUGCUUCCUGCAUUUUAGGAGCCGUUUUCAGAUUUAUGACGAGUACUGCGGGAAUCAUGAGAAGGCCCAGAGGCUGCUGCUGGAGCUCAAUAAGAUCAGGAGCGUCAGGACAUGUUUGCUGAACUGCAUGCUGCUGGGAGGCAGGAAAAACACAGAGGUCCCUCUUGAAGGUUACUUGGUUGCUCCUAUUCAGAGGAUUUGCAAGUACCCAUUGCUUCUCAGAGAGCUGCUGAAGAGGACCCCCAAGAAGCACAACGACUAUGCCCUGGUACAGGAGUCCCUGCAGGUGAUGAAGGCUGUGUGCUCCAGCAUCAACGAAGCCAAGAGACAGAUGGAAAAGUUGGAGAUUUUAGAAGAGUGGCAGUCCCACAUAGAGGGCUGGGAGGGCUCCAACAUAACAGACACAUGCACUGAGAUGCUAAUGCAGGGUGUCCUGCUGAAGAUUUCAGCUGGGAACAUUCAAGAGAGGAGUUUCUUCUUGUUUGACAAGCUUCUGGUCUAUUGCAAAAAGAAAAACAGGCGUUUGAAAAACAGCAAAACAUCCACCGAGGGUCCUCGCUACCUGUUCAGAGGGAGGAUCAACACUGAGGUGAUGGAGGUCGAAAAUGUCGACGACGGCACAGCUGACUACCACAGCAGUGGGAACAUUGUGAACAACGGUUGGAAGAUCCACAACACGGCCAAGAACAAGUGGUUCGUCUGCAUGGCCAAGACCCCAGAGGAGAAACAGGAGUGGCUGGAAGCCAUCAUGAAAGAGAGGGAGAGGAGGAAAAGUCUGAGGCUUGGCAUGGAGCAGGACACGUGGGUGAUGGUCUCAGAGAAAGGGGAGAAACUCUACCACCUUAUGACCAAAGGGAAUCUCAUUAAGGACCGGAAACGCAAGCUCACCACUUUUCCCAAGUGCUUCCUGGGAAGUGAGUUUGUGUCCUGGCUGAUGGAAAUUGGUGAGACGGACAACCCAGAGGAGGGGGUUCAUCUGGGCCAGGCGCUGCUGGAGAAUGGCAUCAUCCACCACGUCACAGACAAGCACCAGUUCAAGCCUGAGCCGGUGUUGUACCGCUUCCGCUACGACGAUGGCACCUACCACCCCAGAAGUGACAUGCAUGAUGUUAUUUCCAAGGGAGUUCGACUGUUCUGCCGUCUUCAUAGCCUUUUUACUCCCGUCGUCAGGGAUAAAGACUAUCACUUGAGGACCUACAAGUCAGUUGUCAUGGCCAACAAGCUGAUUGACUGGCUUAUAGCACAGGGCGACUGCAGAACAAGAGAGGAGGCGCUGAUCUUAGGGGUUGAGCUGUGCGACAACGGCUUCAUGCAUCAUGUGUUAGAGAAAAGUGAGUUCAAGGAUGAACCUUUACUUUUCCGUUUCUUUGCUGAUGAGGAGAUGGAGGGAUCCAACACCAAAUACAAACCUAUGAAGCAUGACCUGAAAAUAGUGGAGAAUGUCAUUACAAAGUCUCUCCUGAUAAGGCCAAGUGAUGGAGGCUAUGGCUUCACCCUGGAAGAGAAAAACCGUGUCCCCAUGAUCAAAUCUGUGGAGAAGGGCUCCCCAGCAGAGAUGGCUGGCCUGGAAGUCGGGAAGAAGUUGUUUGCUGUAAAUGGGGACCUGGUGUUCCUCAGGCCUUUCUCUGAAGUGGAAAUUCUCCUCAGGCAAUGCUUCAACAGCAAGGGCCCUCUUAGGGUGUUGGUUAGCACCAAGCCAAGAGAGACAGUAAAGAUCCCAGAUUCCGUUGAUGGUCUGGGUUUUCAGAUUCGUGGGUUUGGGCCCUCUGUGGUCCAUGCUGUUGGAAGAGGCACUGUGGCAGCCACCGCCGGUCUCCACCCGGGCCAGUGCAUCAUCAAGGUGAACGGCAUCAAUGUGAGCAAAGAGAGCCAUGCCAGUGUGAUCGCCCAUGUCACGGCGUGCAGGAAGUACAGGCGACCGACACAGCAAGACACCAUUAAGUGGGUCUACAACAACAACGAGAGUGCACAGGACGACAAGCAAAGAACUAACCAGAAACCUAGCCCCGAGGAGAAUGGAGAUGGCUUUGAGUGCAAAGUAGAAGAGGUGAUGGACAAAUUCAACACUAUUGCCAUCAUUGAUGGGAAGAAGGACUAUGUGAGUCUGACAGUAGACAACGUCCACCUGGAGUAUGGGGUGGUGUACGAGUAUGACAGCACAGCUGGAAUCAAGUGCCACGUGCUCGAGAAGAUGGUCGAACCAAAGGGAUUCUUCAGCCUCACCGCUAAGAUCCUGGAGGCGCUGGUGCGUAAUGAUGAGAUGCUGGUGCAGAUGUGCAGCAGGUUGAGUUCCAGCAGAGACGUGAUUCCUGAGGAGCUGCAGGAACGCUUCAGCAACAUGUACGGUGAAAGGGCGGAGCACAUCAGCCGACGUAUCACCAACUAUAGAAAAUUUUCCAGGGUACUAAAAAAUCGAGCGUGGCCCACCUUUAAGCAGGCCAAGGCCAAGGUGUCUCCUCUGCACAGCAGCGAUUUCUGCCCCACAAACUGCCAUAUCAAUGUGAUGGAGGUGUCCUACCCCAAAACAACCACCUCUCUUGGUAGUGCUUUUGGCGUGCAGCUGGACAGCAGGAAGAACACUAUGGAGAAAGGCAGGCGUAGCAAUGCUGAGCAGGGUAAGCUCAACCCCAUGGUGAAUGUACAACACACCAUCACAACUAUGGCCGCACCGUCUGGUCAUAGCUUGGGCCGGACAGAGGGUCAUGGACUGCGCUUUCUGCUCAGAGAAGAGGACCUACUCACCCUCGAUGCAUAUCAGAAGCUUCUCUACAAACUCACUGCUGUUGUCAAGGAGAUGGAGAUACAUGGUGCCCAUAUUCACGACCUUCUAUCCUCCAUCACCCACCCUCCAGCGUCAGAGGUGAGGACCCCAGAGAGCUACAUUUCUGCAGAAAAUGAGGGGGAGAGGGGGGAGAGGAACGGGAAGAAGGUGUGUUUCAAUGUGGCAGGAGACGAGCAGGAGGACUCCGGACAUGACACAAUCAGUAACAGAGAUUCAUACAGUGACUGCAACAGCAACAGAAACUCCAUCGCCUCCUUCACCAGCAUCUGCAGCAGCCACUGCAGCUCCUACGUUCACAGUGACGAGAUGGACUCAGGAGAUGAGAUGCCUUCCAGUGUGUGGCUGUCCCAUGAUAAGCAGAAAAAACUCCACAGCUUCCUGGAGCACCUCUUCAGUCAGGUGGACUCCAUCACCAGCAUGCUGAGAGGAGCGGUGGUGGCUCGGGCCUUUGAGCAGACAAAGUGUUUCACACCCGGAAGAGGAUUGCAAGAGUUUCAGCAGGAGAUGGAGCCCCGGGUAAACUGCGCCAAAAAGUUGCGUCUCCAUGUUAAACAGGAUCCCUGGAACCUUCCCAGCAGCGUUCAGGCGCUCACACAAACCAUUUCAAAAUAUGUAGAAGAGGUGAAGACACGACUGCUCUUGGUCUUGCUCCAGUAUACAGACUCCGAGAUCCAGUUGCGUCGAGACAUGGUGUUCUGCCAGUCGCUGGUGGCAGCUGUGUGUGCCUUCUCAGAGCACCUGUUGGCCGUCCUCAACCAAUUCCACAAUGUAGGAAGAGAGCAGGAGCAGGACUUUCCGGACCCUCAGGAAGCCCGGGAAGCCAGCCGUCGAUGGCUGGAGCAGAUUGCCACUGCCGGCCUUCUCUUCCACUUCCAGUCCCUGCUCUCCCCAAACCUGACUGAUGAACAGGCCAUGUUGGAGGACACUCAGGUGGCCCUGAUUGAUCUGGAGAAGGUCACCUUUCACUUCCAGCAAUUUGAAGGAGAGCCACUGGUUGCAAACAUGCCUAUUUCUUACCAGGUGGAGGGCACCCGCCAGGCCUUAAAGGUCUGCUUCUACCUUGAAAGUUUCUACUUCUCCCAGCUGCCUUACAGGCUGAAGAACGGCGGAGGCAUCAAAAUCUACCCCGUGCUCUUCACUCAAGCUCUGGAGAGUAUGGAGGGAUACUACUACAGAGACAAUGUGUCAGUGGAGGAAUACCAAGCGCAAAUUAAUGCUGCCUCAUUGGAUAAGGUCAAGCAGUACUACAAGAGACUGAGGGCCUUUUUCCUUGAUCAGUCCAGCAUGCCGCCCAGCGCUGCACCCACAGCAGCCCUUAUAGAUAAGUUAAUGCGUCCCCUCAAUGCUCUGGAGGAGCUCUACCGUCUGAUGGAAAGUUUUAUCAGCUGUCGCCGCACCGCUGCCUGUCAGUACACGGCCUGCGGGGCCUCUGGAGUGGGGCUGCUCACCGUGGCCUCGGAGCUCUGCUCGCGUCUGGGAGCCACACACAUUGUCAUGUGCAACAGCGGUGUUCAUCGGCUGUCUCUGAUCCACAGCUGCACCCUGAGUGUGACACUGGAACAGGCCAUCCUGCUGGCCCGGAACUACGGCCUCCCGCCCCGCUACAUAAUGCAGGCCACCGACGUCUUGAGGAAACAGGGGGCAAGAGUUCAGAAUUCCGCCAAGAAUCUUGGAGUAAGAGAUCGAACGCCAUCAUCGGUCCCGAGGUUGUACAAGCUGUGCCAGCCUCCACCCCCAGAUGGUGAUCCAUAAUGCAUCGCUUCCGGGAAGACUCUAAAGAAAUCUCAAUGAACUUUGAGGCCCUAUCAUCAAAGUUUUCUCUCCAUCAAUAUGUUAACCUAAUUAAAAAAAGUGACUUUUAUACAUCCUGACUAGUUGCCUGAAGUGUAAAUAGAAUUUUCAAGCCGUAAAUAGUAUUUUAAUACUUUCUAUUUUUCACAGUUGUACUUUAUAUGUAUUUUUUUCUAUUUGUAUGGUCUUUUGGACAAGACAAUGACUCGGAGUGAGAAAGCUUAAGCAGCUGAAGAUAAACGUUAACUCAAAAUCAAAUAGAUCUCAUCACGGUUCUCAUAAAUUGGACUAAAAUUAGGCCUUUAUGGGGGAUGAUUGCAUAUCGUGUCAUUGUAAGAAUUUUUUUACAGUAAAAUAUCUAUAUCUAUCCACAUAUGUAGGUAUAUACAUGUGUGUGUAUACACAUAUCAUAUACAUUGCCCACGAUCAGUUACUUGCUGUAUUAGUUCUGCCAGUAUUGUUUUAAACAUUCAAAAGUGUUUUGGAACAUGAUGCAGGGAAUAUACAUAUUAAUCAAACACGUUGAUGGUUACUGUUUUUCUGGCUCCAUUUGGAUUUAUGAAAAUUCUGCAUGCAUAUUAAGAUCAUCAAAAAAUGUAGCAGUAUAAAAGAUUGUAGUUUUCUGCAGGUAGAUCUACAAACAUGAUUCAGUUCUUCAUAUGGACAAUACUCAGGAUUAAAGCAUCUCUAUGUUAUGACUGAUGUAAUUUUGGGUUGAUGGCUAGCUCACUACUAUGCAAACAAAAACAGUUCAUGAAAUGCAUCAGUAAGUUCCAGUUGUUUAGAAAUCAACGUAAAACUGUGUGUUAUUGCUGACAUGUAUACAGUUUGUAAAAAAAAAACAUUAAAGCACAUAAUGGUGGAUCAACAAUGUUGUUUUUGUCCAAAUAGGGAGAAAUGUCAGG